AUGGAGGGAGAGGAUGAGAACGGAAAGGAGAGAAACAAGGGUGAUGAUGAGUACAUAAACAAGUCUCUUCCAUACUAUGGCAAUCUAGCUACAAUCUUUGGUGAUAGUGUUGCAACAGGGCAAUUUGUGAAGACCUCAAGUGAACCUCUUGCUGUAGAUGUUGAAGAGGAUACACAAAAGGAUGAGAUGAAUGUUGGGACACCAUCUAGUGCUACUAUUGACAAAGAUGACACGGCGGCUUCGGGCAAUAGGCCCUCCAAGAGAGCUAAGAAGGAUGACAAUGGAGCUGAUCCUUUGGUUCAAGCCUUUGAUCGUGGUACUCAAACCAUAGCUAGUGCUAUACGAGAUGCAGCAUCAAAGAAAGCUUUGCCACCGGUUUUGUUUGAAGCUUUGGAUAGCCUUCCUGGUUUUGAGCUUGAGCACAAGGCUAAGUACUAUUCUUAUUUGUUGAACCAUCCUAAUAUUGCACAUGGCUUUGUGGAUGCGCCGUUGUUGUACAAGCUCUCUAUGGUUACUGAGUUCAUUAAUGCUAAUAUGUAGGCUUACUAAUUAGCAAAUGAUAGCAAGACUUUAUUUUGGGUGACAUGAACUUGUAUGUCAU